AUGAAGAUUGAAGAAGUGACAGAAGACAAGAGUCCUGCCGAGCUACUGAGCUUGGGAGACGCCUGCUUUGUGGACGAAGACUUUGAAGCCAGCAUUGACGCGUACGCCGCUGCUCUGAGCGUGGUGGGUGACGAUGACAAGACGCUGCAGUUUCGCUGUUUGUCUCAUCGUUCGGCAGCAUUCUAUCGUCUCCGCCGCAACAACGAGGCUCUGGAGGAUGCCCGGGAAGCGUUGGAAUUGUUGAGCAGCAGCAACAACAGCAUCGCUGCGCUGCGAGCGGGAGAAAGCGAAAUGUGCCACAAACGUGCUGGAGUGGCGGCCAUGAAUAUGCAAGAUUUCACUACGGCCAAGACAUAUUUUGAACAAGCUCAACAGCUGGCUACUCUCAAUCGAGGAGACGAGAAAGCCUACAAAUCGUACCUGAAACAGUGUGAUUACAAUCUCAAGCCUCGCGAAAAGCCGUCCAUGCCAAUGCCAUCUGGAAAGGAUCUUCCAUCGCCACCCACAGAGACAAAGCCAGCUCUAAAAAAGCAAGCAGUAGCAGCCAAACCAGUCGCAAAGGCACCCGAAAAACCCAAGCCAGUAAUCUCUCCUCCCAAACCCAGCAGCAAAGCUCCUCCUUCCAACAAAAAACCUGUUACUGGAAUGCCCAAGUAUCAAUAUUACCAAAACGACAAAUUCGUCAAGAUUGAAUUGCUCGAACCCAAUGUCCAAGAGUCGGACUUGGAGGUUCGUUUUGAAGAAACUCAUUUGACUGUCAAAUUGACCAAAAAUGCUGUCCCCUACACUGUCAUUUCCGGACACCUCUACAAUGAAGUCGAUGUGGAAGGAUGCAAAACCAUCUUCAAGGGAGAAAAGGUUCUCAUCAAACUCAAAAAACAAAAUCUCAAUUUUGAAUGGCAGGAAUUGUUGGGAAAACGAACCUUCAAAGAACCAACUCCUAGCACUACCGCUGCAGCAGCAGGUGAAACCAAACAAGACGACAAUGGAGUCGAAACGAGCCCUCCUCCUCCUGCUGACUCGUCGGAUUCUUCUCCCCGCGUACGACCUUACGCCAGUCACAAGGAUUGGGACCAGAUUGAAAAAGAGUUGACCGAUCAGGAAAAGAGUGAAAAACCAGAAGGAGACGAAGCCAUGAACAAAUUGUUUCAGCAGAUUUAUGCCACUGCGGAUGAUGAGACCCGCCGUGCCAUGGUCAAGAGCUACCAGACUUCUGGAGGCACCGUGCUUUCGACCAACUGGAAUGAAGUCAAGGAAAAGGAUUACGAAAAGGAGCGCACCGCACCCAAGGGCAUGGAAUGGAAAAACUGGGAAGGCGACAAGCUGCCUCAGAGUGACGACUAG